AAAUACAAACACACAAUUCCUAACGCUCAUAACGCAAGUCUCUCUCCCUCCCUCUCUCAUGGCUCCGGCUGCUGCUCCUCAGCAAAUGCCCAAAACCAUGUGCGUGAUGGAUGCAUCAGGCCAACUAGGCAAGUCCCUCGUCGAGAGGCUCCUUCAGAGAGGCUACAUCGUUCAUGCCGUCAUCCAGAACCAUGGGAAUUUUCAGCCAUGUAAGGGAUUUUCAUUGGAGAAGAACAACUUGAAGAUUUUUCAAUCGGAUCCCUUUGAUUAUCAGAGCAUUGUGGAUGCCAUGAAGGGUUGCUCGGGUCUGUUCUACACGUUCGAGCCCCCCGAAUAUCAAUCGAGCUAUGAUGAAUUUAUGGCAGAGGUGGAAGUGAGAGCAGCCCACAACAUAUUGGAAGCAUGCGCCCAAACAGAGACGAUAGAAAAAGUGGUUUUCACGUCGUCCAUUACAGCCGUCAUUUGGAGAGAGAAUAGCAAGUUGACACCCACUUUUGAUGAGAGGAACUGGAGUGACCCCAAUUUCUGCAGGAAUUUUAAGCUGUGGCACGCACUAUCAAAGACGCUAGCGGAGAAAACGGCGUGGGCGCUAGCGAUGGAUAGAGGCGUCAACAUGGUGUCCAUAAACGCGGGGCUUUUGUCGGGUCUGGACCUUUCGAUCUCGAACCCGUAUCUGAAAGGAGCGGCAGAGAUGUACGAGGACGGAGUAUUCGUGACGGUAGACGUCAAGUUCUUAGCCGACGCCCAUAUCUGCGUCUUCGAGGAUCCGUCAACUUACGGACGUUAUCUUUGCUUUAACCGUCUAAUCAACCGUCCCGAAGACGCCGUUAAGCUUGCCCAGAUGUUCACGCCCGCGAUGCCCCACCCUCCAACCUGCGAGGAUUUCCCAAUUUUCCAACAAAGAAUCAGCGACAAGAAGUUGAGGAAACUGAUUGUAGAUUUCUCAAGUGAGAACCAACUGAAGGAUUGAAUCGCUGCCGUCGAUCAACUGGUCAAAAUUAUUCUAACGGUGUUGGAGCUAACAUGUCAGGGAAAAAAAAAUAAAAUCCUCACACCAUAUGGUCAUGGAGUUGCGUUUGGUUGGAUCAUCUACCACGAAAUUUCAUGAUAUUUAAUUAUUAAUCGGUAUAAGUUGGUGUAAUGUCACGAUAAUUCAUGGUGCAACCAAAGCCAUCCUCUGCCACAUCAUUGCUUGUGGCUGAGAGAUAGUAUAGAAACUAACAUGCCACUUGGCUUCUGAUGUGGCAGAGGAUGACUUUGGGAGGUUGUAUUUGGAAGUCAUUGGGGUUUGGCAGGUUGUAUUUGGGCUGUUUCGAAGUGAGCAAUGGAUGAUCACAACCGAGUGACUCACCAACAAUUUUUAAGUGUCCAUUUAGAUUGUAGAUUUUUAAAAAAUUUAUA